AGUUUCUAUAUGCUUGGUUCGAGGCUCCACCUUCCCAUUGUUGCCCAUGCCGCGAUGUUGUGCCCAUGGCACUGCCAACCAGCCAAUUUGGUCGAUGUGGCCGACCAAGCAACCUGCCAACUAUCCAGGCAGUUGCCGAGUGGUCAGGUCGGGCAGGACGCUAUCGGUAAGUUAGAAGCUUGCCUUAAAGAGUCGAUCAGUAAAGCUUUCAGUACGAAGCCAUCGGACGAAUUUCCUGACACAGCAGUGCAAGGGGCUCCAGACUUGGUGCAUGACCUGUAUGGUUGCCAGACUGGGGAGGAUUUUUGGGACUUGAGAGGCAGGUUUUCGGACAAGAACAAGUCGACGUUUAAGGGCAGCAGUGGUCGAAAUGGCGUCCAGUGUCAGUUCUCGCUGAGCGUUGGGGUCCUCAUGGAGCAGGAAGUUCCGAGUUCGGCAGAGCCUUGUCCAAGCGGGACGUCGCAGUCUGGCUUAGUGAAGACGGUUGCCGUCCAGUUCCACGACAUACACGUAGAGCGCGUUAGCCCUGUGAUGCAAAGGCGGCGCAGUGCGACCAGUGGGAUUAGCACGUGCCCUGAUUUGACUCACAAGAGUUUUGAUAAGGAGUUGCCCUUCGGUGCAAUCGAAGAUGAGGUGCUGGCCCAUUUUAUUCGAAACGCCAGGGCAGACUGCGUAGCAGUGCCGAAACACAAACUACUGACGUGUGACGCGUGCUCCUCCCAGCUUCAUUUAGAUUCGAUACGCGCCGUGGCGGACAUAAUCACAGAGGCCGUAGUCAAGGUGGUGCACAGAGUGCGGACGAGAAGUGGAUGGGGGUGCGACCUGUGGUGGAAGGAAGGUGAGGACCCGAUUCAGGACCCUGAGAACAGCUUGAGGACGUGGAACGACGCCCUCUUGGCGUGGUCGAAGCAGUUCGAGCACGUCAACAAAAGGUCCAGCGUGGAGGCGAGCCUCUGGCCACAUAGACCAGAGGAUGUUGAAGACCGCGAUCGGUUGGGAAGCCCAUGCGACAGGCUCUGGUCGGCUGUGCGGGACUCUGAUUAUGACAUGGUGAAAGACGUGUUGAGCGAUCCAUCGCAGGCGGCCCGGCUGUUGCAGAUCAGGCCGGGGAACAACAUGCGUGCAUUUGCUUCGCCCUCCCCUUCUACAGCCUCCCUUCUCCUCCCUUCCCUCCUCCCGUCCCCCCGCCAUGCUUCAGGGGCUGGCAGACAUAUAAUCCUUCUGCUCCCUGGAGGCGGCGAUUCAAGGUGAAGUACAACCCGAAAAUUCUCAGCGGUCCGGUGCUCACUCUGGCCAUUAUGAACUCGGAUAUGACUAUGCCAGUGCAAAUGCCAAGAUCGAGGACGAGAAGGAUCUCAACAAGAGGAUCGUGCAUUUGCUAUCCUGCAGCCAACGUUGACGCAACAUACGACUUGUUUCCAGCAGGCGCCCAACAUGCGCAUGUAACAAGUCCUUUGUGUUUUAUAGCAAUGCGGAAAGCGUCGCUCGAUGUUUUCAGAGAUCACGGCGCUGACCUACUUCGCAGGUCGAAGGUGAAUUACCACGAGCACAACGAUAUUUUGAGGGAGGCAGCUUGGGCAAAGAAUGAAGAGAUCGCGCAGUGCCUUUUGGGCUGGAUGGAGCAAGACGAGAAGCUGUCAUAUUUAGCAACAAGUGCUUCGAGAGGAUGGCAUUCCGACCACCCCCCGCUCUCCAGGGAGAGUUGCGCCCGUCGCACCACGGCGCUUGGGAGGGCGAUCGAUGUGAGGAUGAACUGUGUCGAGAGGCUGAUCUCCCACGCGCAAAAGUGGACGAGGGAGACCCUGGAGUUUGACAUCACGCAGAUUCUUCCAACCAUGCACCCUCGCAUAUUCACUCAGCUCUUGGACUGCAAGUUUGACCUGUGGUCGAAGCUGUGCUUCCUCAUGUGGAUCCCGGAGGCGACGGCACAGAAGAUGCAUCGCACGCUCUUGGAGCAGAUGUGGCAAACUCUUCAGAGACACGACAAGGUCAUGGCAAAUGGAGAAUUGUGUAAGGAAUGGACGGAAGAGAUCAAGCAGUUGUCUGGGGAACAGCACGUGCGAGCAAAGAGGUUGAUUGCCUUGCUGAUUCAUCACGCUCCAAAGGCAGCCACAAUACUUCUAGAUAGCUUCUUUCUGCAGGAGCCCACAGUGGAGAGGCCGAACAGAAAUCCCGUGGCAAUGCAGGCUGUAAUCGACAGGUACACAGAAAUGAACACAGUGUCGGCGCACGACGGCACAUGGACGUUCAACGGCAAGAAUAUGCAAGGGUGCCAGCCCUGGCAAUCUGCGUUGGUAUCCUGCUCCACUCUGUUCGAUGCGCUGGACUCGUGGGUUCUUGCGGUCCAGUCAACGACUUGUUGCCGGCGACUGCGCUUCCUAUGGUCUCGAGUUUCGAGGUGGCUAGUCUUACACGACAUGCACAGCGUUUUGCAUGUACUCCAGCUCUGUGCACAAUGCCGUGCAUCGUGCUGGGGAUUCCUCCGCGGUUAUUCCACCGCAUCCGACAUUAAGGUGUCUCGGUUCUGCCAGAUACGCGUAGUGCACUUCAAGGGGAUGCUGGACAUACGUAUGUUUCGUGCAAUGACCCAGAUGCCUGUUCAAGAGCAGGUUGACUUGUUGCAAGCGUGUACCACGCUACGCGCUGUUGUGUGCUACACGUACGGGAAGUGGACGUGGUUUAGCACUAUUUUAUCCAGGAUAAUGUCGUGCAGAUGUUGACGCUCGUGCUGGUAUGUGUCAGGGACGCUGACUUGCACGAGCUGGCUGUGUAUUGGUUGCUCUUUAGUGCGCCAGCGAUUGCCCAGGUGAUAUUCGAUGUUGUGAUGUUUGUGUUAUUUGUAAUGUCAGCGCUGCGAAGCCUCAGCGACGAGCUGAGGAUCACGAAGUCCAUGUCGAGGAGGGCAUUCGUGGAUCCACUGCACCACGCGGCAGGUGUCUAUCUCAUCAGUUGCGGCUGUUGGGAGGAAAAAGAAGGCCCACGACCCGAGGCAUGGACUUGGUGUCUAGUCUUGGCCCUGCUAAUCAAGCUGUUCAGGAUCCUUGAUCAUUUGUCGAGAGAAAGCAAGAUGGGGGAACUGCUCAUUCCCAUGACCGACGCUCUCAUGGACCCAAAGAUGAUUAGCAUGCUCAUCUUACUCAUACUAUGCUGGAUAAUAUCCGUUGCAGUGCUUCAAGCAGUUCAAGGGCUGUUCGGGCAGGACACUUUGCCACAUACACUUCUGAAGACUUGGGUGAAUCUCAUCGUGGGGGAGCCUGUGAUGCUCGAUGUAGAACACUUCGAUUCGCCCUGGUAUGAUUCCGCCUUGAUAGUUGUAUUCCAUUUUGUUUUCAGUGUUGCAUUUCUUAACAUGUUGCUAGCCACGACCAUCGAUACCUACAACAAGAAGAGCGUCAGCUUAAAAGGCCGCCUCAUGCUGAGCAAGAAAAGCGUUUGCAUGCACUGGCUCACACAGCGGGAGUGCAUGCUCGAUUCUUACCGCUACCUGUUCGAUUCCACGCCGCACCGAGCGAAGUUCUGGGCGUUCGUCGCGGUGGUCACGACCGUGGCUAUCCUCCUUGUCGUGGAGGCGCUGUCCGUCUGGAUGAGCGCGAUGACGCCGGCUUGGCUGCCGGCGAUGAUCGUUACCACAGUUCUGCUUGGUUGCAGAGUGCGUUUCAUGCUGCAGAGCGCGCUGGUGCCGGAGGGCAGCAACAGUUCUGUCGACGGGGCCUGCGGCGGCGCCGGGAAGCAGUUCGAUGAGCCGCCGUUCCUCUGGGUGUGCACUCCGGAGAGGUUCGACAAGUCCUGGGUGGAGGAGAGCGACGACAACAACGCGGCAGGUACAGUGG